AUGACAAGUGGUGAAAAUAAUAGAUUUCUAACAAAGCCAAGUGAUCAAGUCCCAUAUUUUCAUCCAAAAGUUGAGAUCCCUCUUGGGACACAAGUUGAAAAUGGUGAAGUUCCAAUUCCAAAAUUAUUUCAACCAUUCAAGAUCAAGAAUACCCAAUUUGUUAAUAGAAUAGGUGUUUCACCAAUGUGUACCUAUUCAUCUGCACAUGCUGGUCCUGAUAUAGGAUGUGCUACAGCUUUCCAUCAAACACAUUAUGGCUCGUUUGCUUUACAAGGCCCAGGGAUGAUCAUUGUUGAAGCAACUGCUAUUGAUCCAAAUGGAAGAUUAUCACCAGAGGAUUUAGGAAUUUGGAAUGAUGAUCAAGCACUAAGUUUGAAAAAGUUUGUUCAAUUUGCACAUGCACAAGGUGUGAAGAUUGGUAUACAAUUAGGUCAUGGUGGUAGAAAAGCUUCGGGUACUGCAAUUUACAAUCAUUUACAAAAAGGUAUCGGAAAAGCAGAAUUUGGUUGGAGUGAUAUCCCAGGUGCUAUUGUUGGUCCAAGUCCAAUAUCAUUCAGCACAAGAUCAUAUGUAACACCGUCUGAAUUGACUAUAGAUCAAAUACAAGACCUUGUUCAAAAAUUUGGUGAUGCUGCUAAAAGAGCUAGAGAAAUUUCUGGGUUUGAUUUUGUUGAAAUCCAUGCUGCACAUGGUUAUCUAUUGAGUUCAUUCUUAUCUGGGACUUCCAACAAGAGAACUGAUCAAUAUGGUGGCUCAUUUGAAAAUAGAAUUAGAUUCUUAUUAGAGGUUGUUGAUGCUGUUAAAGAUGAUACUACACCAUUAUUUGUUCGUGUUUCAGGAUCCGAAUUAGCACCACAUAUUGAAGGUUCAUGGACCAUAGAAGAUACUGUUAAAUUAUCUGAUCAUUUAAUUGAGCAUGGUGUUGAUGUCCUAGAUAUUUCAUCAGGUGGUAAUAAUGCUAAAGCAGAAAGAAGGAAAACUUAUCAAGGUUUUCAAGUUCCAUUGGCAAAAGCUGUUAAAGAACAUGUUGGUAAUAAACUUUUGAUUGCUACUGUUGGUAAGAUUGAUCAAGGUGAAUUUGCUAAUGACACCUUGGAAGCUGGACAUGCUGAUAUUGUAUUAAGUGGAAGAGCAUUCUUGAAGAAUCCAGGUCUUGUAUGGAAAUGGGCAGAUGAUUUAGGUGUUAGAAUUAAGCAUUCAAAACAAUAUGAAUGGCCAUUUUAUCCUCCGCCAUUUAAACUGUGA